GACAUUUCCAUUUGCCUCAUUGCUGAAAAUCUGAAGUGAUUAUUGACAGACAGUGGGGAAAGAGGACAUGAUGCAGGCAACAAGGUAGCAGCCUGGCUCUGAAGUGGAAUUAUGUGCUUCAAACAAGUUGAAAGAGGGCAACAAAGAGCUAUUUCCUGCUUUCAGGCAUGAAUCAGGUCACAAUUCAAUGGGAUGUGGUAAUAGCUAUUUACAUAUUCUUCAACUGGUGUCAUGGAGGAAUUACAAAUAUAAACUGCUCUGGCCACAUGUGGGUAGAACCAGCCACAGUUUUUAAGAUGGGUAUGAAUGUCUCUAUAUAUUGCCAAGCAGAAAUUAAGAACUGCCAACCAAAGAAAUUUUAUUUUUAUAAAAACGGCAUCAAAGAAAGAUUUCGAAUCACAAGAAUUAAUAAAACAACAGCUCGGCUUUGGUAUAACAACUUUCUGGAGCCACAUGCCUCUAUGUACUGCACUGCUGAAUGUCCUGGAUAUUUUCAAGAGACAUUGAUAUGUGGAAAAGACAUUUCUUCUGGAUAUCCACCAGAUGUUCCUGACAAGGUAACCUGUGUCAUUUAUGAAUAUUCAGGCAACAUGACUUGUACCUGGAAUUCUGGGAAGCCCACCUACAUAGACACAAUGUAUGUGGUGUAUGUGAAGAGUUUAGAGACAGAAGAAGAGCAACAAUAUCUUUCGUCAAGUUAUAUUAACAUCUCCACUGAUUCAUUGCAAGGUGGCAAGAAAUAUUUGGUUUGGGUCCAAGCUGCAAAUGCACUGGGCACAGAGAAGUCAAAACAACUGCAAAUUAAUCUGGAUGAUAUAGUGAUACCUUCUGCAUCCAUCAUUUCCAGGGCUGAGGACAUAAAUACGACAGUACCCAAGACCGUGAUUCACUGGAAUAGUCAAACAACAAUAGAAAAGGUUUCCUGUGAAAUGAGAUACAAGUCUAAAACAAACCAAACUUGGAAGGUUAAAGAAUUUGACACCAAUUUUACGUAUGAGCAACAGUCAGAAUUCUACUUGGAACCAAACACUAAGUAUAUAUUUCAAGUGAGAUGCCAAGAAACAGGUAAAAGGUACUGGCAGUCCUGGAGUUCACCCUUUUUUCAUAAAACAACUGAAACAGUCCCCCAGGUCACACUGCAAUCAUUCCAACAUGAUACUCAGAAUUCUGGGCUUCUAAUUGCUUCCAUCUUUAAAGGACACAUUACCGCUGACAACAGGCAACAAGACAUUGGAUUUUUAUUGGGAAUGAUCUUCUUUGCUGUCAUGUUGUCGAUUCUUUCUUUGAUUGGGAUAUUUAACAGAUCUCUCCGAACUGGAAUUAAAAGAAGAAUCUUAUUGCUAAUACCAAAGUGGCUUCAUGAAGAUAUUCCUAAUAUAGAAAACAGUACUGUCGUAAAAAUGCUACAGGAAAAAAGUGAAUUUACAGAUAAUAAUUCCAGCGAACAGGUCCUAUAUGUUGAUCCAGUGGUUACAGAGAUAGAAAUCUUUCUCCCAGAAGAACACAAACCCACAGACUAUAAGAUGGAAAAGAAUACAGAAUCCCUGGAGACCAGAGACAGCCUGCAAAAGUCACUACUCACCAACACUACAGUUGUAUAUAUUCCUGGCCUCAGCCCUGGGUAUAAACCCCAGAUUUCAACUUUUCUCACUGGGGGAAACCAUCUCAGCAAAAAUGAUGAAACAGCUUCCUCAACUCUCAAACCACCAGCUGAUUCCAUAGACCUGGGGAAAAAUGCCAUGUUUAAAAAAUAUCCUAAUUUUGCUUUCCCUGUCUCAAGUAUGAAUUCGCUAAGCAACACACUAUUUCUUGAAGAAUUAAGCCUUAUUCUGAAUCAAGGAGAAUGCAGUCCUCUGGACAUGCAAAACUCAGUAGAGGGAGAAACUACCAUCCUUUUGGAAAAUGUUUCACCCAAUGAAACUCUUCCAGAACAGACUCUGUUGCCUGAUGAAUUCGUCUCCUGUUUGGGGAUCAUGAAUGAGGAGUUGCCAUCCAUUAAUUCUUAUUUUCCACAAAAUAUUUUGGAAAACCACUUCAAUACAAUUUCACUCUUGGAAAAGUAGAGCUGCAUAGUCAAAGUUAAUAUGGGAAAGCUGUCUUGCAAUCUAAAGUUGGAUCUCCUCCUCAAUAUAAAUUUAAUUCUGCCCUAUUUUUCAAAAUUAGAGAAUUAAGAUCCAAAGAUGGAACAUACUUCAUACUCACAAAAGGAGCACCAAUAUUAGGUACACCUUCAAAAAGUAUCAACUAAAUUCUUUUUAUUUUCCUCAUUGCAAGGCACAGAAUGGAUCUCUCCAUUACAAGAAGGUUAAAUAAUAGAAGAUAUGUGGCAGUGAAAUAAAUGUUGAAAAUACUUCUUAAAAAUUGAGAUGUCAAUGUUUGUUUGCAAGUGAGAAGAAAGUUUAAUUUUCAUUUUAUGGCUUAAAAUUUUCUUGAGUAGACAAAAACAUAGUCCCCAACAACAAGAUAGAAACAAGAAUAGAAACAGAGAAGAAAUUAAUUAGCAUGUUUGUUGUAUUGUUUCUACUACUUUCCAUUCAGGUAGUAGGGAUUUGAUCUUUCCUUAUUUUGAUUUUGGACUAAUCAGGUUAUAAAACAAUGAAGUGAGGACAUCAUGAAACUGCUGUCUUCAUUCAAGUUAAGAGUGAUGCAUUAUUGUCCUGUGGUGUAGUUGGUAUAUUAAUUACACUCUGAUACAACUGAAAUAACAGAUGCAAUAUCAGCAAGGUGUAAUUAUUUCUUUUCUGAUCAACUAUGCAUUAGAUGAUGUUGAAAUUUGGGGAUUCAGAGAAAACGGUCAAGAAAGAAUUCUGAAACAUCUUUGGUGCAAAAAGGUGGUUUUAUUAAAGCACAGGGACAGGACCCAUGGGCAGAAAGAGCUGCACUGCAGUUGUGACGGGUGACUGAUUGUAUACCUUCAAGUUGGGAGGGGGUUAGGGAUAGGGUAAGUCUCUAAGGAAUUUUGGAAGCAAGGUUUCCAGGACCUUGAGGGAGCUAGCUCUUGUUGGGAAAAGGUCGUUUAUUACUGUCUAGUAAAAUCUCGGUCAUGAGACCCUUCAGAUGUAUAUUAGUGGGCCAUAUGCCUGGAGGAUGACUAAUAAUGUAUAUCUACGAGGGGUGGAGAUAAAGGAAGUUUCCAAAGGAAUUUCUGUAUGUUUGAAGUAAACUCAUAGGAUCCUGGAAGUCGGGAUAAUGUUAAGCUAAGAUUGCCUUUUGCCCUUAGCAAAAUAUUAACAUCUAGGCUGUUGAGUUCCUAGAGGAAGGUCACUCUGCCUAUCUCAAGGACUUGUCAAUGGGCUGUAAGUUUUAAGAAAACUUAACUAUUUUCUUUGCCUUUGUUCCCCACAUAAUUAGAUAUAUGUCAGAAAAAUAUUGUUAAAACAGAUAUUUGUCCAAAUCUGGGAUGGCAAUAUUUGCCAAACAUGCCAUCGUCCCAUAUCCAUAUCUCCUGCAGACAUCCUGAGCACCACACACCUUUCUGCUAAGCCCUAAGGUGACCUCAGAAUCCUCUCAACACAGUGCUUCUGAUGGCUACACUCAAUAAGGUAUGGGACUAGAGAUGAACUUUAUCUGACAACCAGGUCAAUACUGAAAGAUAGGUGAUCUUAAAAUAUGAGAUGUGUGUUUUAGCUGAGAGAUGGUACUCAGCAGACUUCCCUAUUCUGAUUAAUUUUUAUGGUCCAGGGAAAAAAUUUUCUAACGAGCAGAAUACUUUGAAAAUAGGGUAGAUUACCCACUGAAUUUCUCUUUUCUAAUCAGUUUCAACAGUAAUAAUUUAUUAUUCAGAUUAGUUUAUUACAACAAAUUGAGCAGUUAAUGAAAAAAGGACACACACAUGUGUGUGUUUAGCACAUGGACAACCUAUUUCAUUUUCUUUUAGCUUUUUUUCUUUUCAAAAUAAACAAACAAACAAACAAACAAACUUAAAAGCAGUUUUAUUGUUGUUAUGCGCCCCCAUGAGGAAGAUGACCACAUACCCUGGUUUAUUCUGAUUUAUGGUCUGCUGCCCCAGUGCUAAUUAUGACCAGUGUACCCUUUCACUCUUAGAAGCAUCCCAUUUGGAUGAUAAAUCAUAUGGCCAUUCUAUCUAUGAAAACUAUUUAAUAUCCAGCAUAUAAGCAAUUUGUCACGAUUCACUUCUUUUUUUGUACUUUCUUAUUUUAUUUAGUAUCAUUUAUUAAAGCCAUUUUGCUCCAAAAUGGAACAUUACUAUUCACACUGUAAAAAACCUAUCCCUUGCUAUGAAUUUUUCUGUUUAUCCUAAAGUAUGUAUAUAUUUGUUGUACUUUACAUAUUCUGAAAGGAGCAUGUUUUAAACCACUAAUGAAAUGUUAAUAUUAAAUUUCUUGACUUGUAACUGACCAUAUGCCUUUCCUUUAUUCUUCUUUGAAGGGAGAAUAUAAUGAAGAAAAAAGGCAGGUAGUAUUUGGGAUAGAGAUAACAAAGACUGAGACAAAUCCCUGAUGUUUAUCGAUAUGAUAAAGACAUCUAUUAACAUAUGAUGAGUAUUUUCAUAGUGUAUUUCAGUAUAAUUGUAAUUGGUCACACAUCAAAAAAUCUUUUGUCAAGCUGAAAGGAUUGCAGCACUAUUUGAUCUGUGUAUGCUUCCAUUUCAGUAAGUGUCUCCUUUAGAACUUCUUGUCCCCUGGAGUGUGAAGGAGGCUGUUUUCUCUUUCCAGGGUGUCUUUUCCACACCCACAUCACUAUUCAGCACAGAGAAGAUACUUCUAGUUCCAUCUUUGCCUUUAGUCAUUGUUGGUCCCAACAGACUAAAAACUGAGGCUAUACCUAUGAUGGAGGCAAUGUGCCUGCCACUGCCCCAACUCAAGGAAAAUUUUAAUGGUUUUAUCAUAAUGCAACCUUGGUAAGUGAGCAAGGGUUUUCUUCCAAUGGUGCUUUUAUUCAACAAGUAUUUACUAAAGUAUCGAAUGCCCCUACAAUGUGCAGGGCACUUUGACCAAUACAGACGUUAACAAAACAAGUCCCUGCAUCCUUGGGACUUAUAGUCUAGGGGGAAGAAAACCAGACAAUAUAUGCCCUUUGAGGAUCUUACAUUUUUUGGGAAGAGGAUAACAGUAGGGCUGGAGUCUUGGUCUCUUGUACAAGUUGCCCCUAACCCAAAGCCCCACCACCUCCCCUUUCUUAGCCAGAAUCUUCUGUAGAUUUUUGGGGGCAAGUGUAUCUUUUUAUCUUUCCAUCUAGCCCUUGGGCUUAUUAUCAACUUUCUUUCUCUGAGUCUACAAUGUUUGUUAAUUUGUUGCUUCCUAAAUGGAGACGCCAUGCUUAUUAGUAUGGGUGAAGGAGGAGGAAGAAGAGAGAAAGAGGCAGAAAAAAGUCCCUCAAGAUACCAUUGGAAGGGAAGAAGGGGAGAGAAAUACAAAAUAAAGCAGAUUAAUCCUCAGUGAUGCUGAAGCAAGAUGGAACACCAGUUCCAGACAAUACUAAAGCUGAUUAAGGGACAUCCAAUUUCCCCUGCUCUAGUAUCCUCCUCACACCCUACCUCCCUUUUCUUUUCUAUUUCUUUUAGUAUUUAUUUAUAUUUGAGAGAGAGAGAGAGAGAGAGAGAGAGAGAGAGAGAGAGAGAGAGAGAAUGAGAGUGACCAGGGGAGAGGCAGAGAGAGAGAGGGAGACACUGAAUCUAAAGCAGGCUCCAGGCUCCAAGCUGUCAGCACAGAGCCCAACUCGGGGCCCGAAUCCACGAGCUGUAAGAGCAUGACCUGAGGUGAAACUGGACACUUAACUGAUUGAACCACCCAGGUGCCCUACCUACCUCCCUUUCCUUAUACAGAAACAAUAAAGGGGGGGGGGGGGGGUACAGAUGAAGUACAAUUUGGGGGUGUUUUCUUGGUUUAUGUGUGUUUUAUCAUUUUUUUAAAUUAGGAAUUUGUCUUUACCAGAGUUAGAUAUAAAAUUGAUGAUAUAAAAAGGCUUAUGAGUUUUAGCCUGUGAUUCUCAUAUAGUGUGGGUUGCUGUUUGCCCUCCUGGUUCCAUCAGAGGGUUUUCCCACCUUUUUUUCUUUUCUUAUAUUUCAAGCCAUCCUCCCUUUGACACAGAGGCAGCACAUGACUUUGGCAUAGAGCAGAGGUUUUCAAAAAUACAUUUUAGCAACUGAUCCCCUUUCUCCAGAUGAAAUCUGUUACAGAAGCCAAAAAUAUAAAAUAGGUGAAAGCAAAUCUGCUAAAACAGAAGAUGAAGAUCAUUCCUGCACCCCCUGCCCCCGACUCUCCUCUGCAGCAGCCUAUGCAUGUGGGAUGAAAAUCUGAGGCGACAUUGUCUCUUCCAGACCUGGCGACAGGGUCCUGGCCCUCCUUGAGAAGCUUGUAUCUUGGGGUUGUGCCAAACCCUCCAACUCCGGCCACAUGACUGCCAACCCUGGUGAAGGGAACCAGAACUCCCUCAAACCUCCCUACUUCCUCAACAGCU